AAGUUGCACUUGCAAAUGCAUAGAAUCGAAGCCCUUCAAAUAAAGUUGAUGCAGUCAGAGCAUACAACCAGCAAAAUCACCACUUGAUCGAGCUCCAGUUCCUCGAUCAUUUAAACAAAUCAGCGAGCAUUAGUCGCUGGAAGUGUGUGUGGCUUCGAUUGUGAGUUGAUUCCAUUGAAAUCUUCGUGAGCUGUUGUAAAUAGGAACUCGAAAACCUAAAAUAAAAUGGAGCUGUACGGACGGAGCACGGGGAGAAACGGGUCACAGACGGAUCAUACCCAACAACCCGAAUGGAUACAGCCGGGGACGGAGACGGGACUCGAAGAAUCGAUGAGGCGGUUGGGGUUGUGGGGUGGAAGAGGAGGAGAGUUUUAUCCGGAGCGACCUGGAACGGCGGAUUGUGCUUACUAUAUGAGAACUGGGACAUGUGGAUAUGGUAGCAAGUGCAGAUAUAAUCAUCCUCCAGAUCGUAGUAGCUCGGCUGGAGGAGCUGCAAGAAGUGUAGGAGGGGGAGCUUACCCAGAGCGACCAGGAGAGCCUCCAUGCCAGUAUUAUUUAAGAACAGGCACCUGUAAGUUUGGUGCAUCCUGCAAGUUUCACCAUCCAAGACAUGCAGGUGGAUCAUUAAGCAACGUGCCACUAAAUACUUAUGGAUAUCCAUUACGACCAGAAGAGAAAGAAUGCUCCUACUAUUUGAAAACGGGGCAGUGCAAAUUUGGUAUAACUUGUAAAUUCCAUCAUCCUCAACCCACUGGCGAAUCCAUGUCAGCAUCAGCAUCUGCACGUCCAUUUUAUUCAACUGUGCAGUCACCUUCACCCGAACAACAACAACAACAACAGCAACAGUUUGUGGGGGGCCCAGGAGGUGGUUAUCGGGUUGCAAGUGCAAGGCCUCCAUUAGUUCCUGGUUCUUACGCCCCAGCAGCUGCUUAUGGUCCAAUCUUACUCUCCCCUGGCAUGCUUCCUUUACCCCCUAAUUGGAGUCCUUACUCGGGACGUGUAAGCCCGGUCCUGUCUCCGGGUGCUGCUCAACCUCAACCUGCUUCUCUCUAUGGAGUCAAUUCUUCUUUUGCAGGAGCAGGAGCAGGAGCUGGAGGACAUUUUCGUCCUUUACCACCACCUCCCCCGUCUCCUGGCCCUAGUCAAACUGAAAGGGUAUUUCCGGAAAGACCUGGUCAACCUGAAUGUCAGUACUACAUGAAAACGGGGGAUUGUAAGUUUGGAGCCUCCUGCAAGUAUCAUCAUCCACCUGACUGGGUCUUAUCACAGGCAAACUGUAUGCUCAGCCCCAUUGGUCUCCCUUUGCGUCCGGGGGUUGAGGCUUGCAAUUUCUACAUGCAAAAUGGACACUGUAAGUUCGGGCGCACCUGUAAAUUUGAUCAUCCGCUUCCAGGUGCAGUCACGUAUGGUGGUCCAUCGGAAUUACCAAUUCCUACGAUUCCAGCAGCCGUAUCAUUCUCAGAAAGGUCCAAAAUGGACACGAUGUUUACUCAGGGUCAGGGUCAGGGUCAGACCCAGACUGGGUCUUCACCUGAAGUUCAGAUUUCCGGUCAAACUUCUCCUCAGACAAGGUAGUGGUGCUGCUGCUGCUGGUGGGUUUAGAUUAUUCCACUUGCUACAUUUGUCAGGUGUUACAUAUAGUAAGAUAUAUGUGGUGAAGUGUGUGGUAUGAUUAUUUAUAUUAUUAAUUAUUAUUAUCUGUAUAGCAAAUAUUGAUGCUGCUGUGUAAUUUUGAAUUUAUGACACUUUUGGUUGCAUUGAAUCUGAUCUGGGAAUAAAAGGAUGAGACAGAAGGCUGUUAAGUUAACCAACC